ACACAUUUGUUUGUCAAAAUCACCUUUAUCUGUCAGAUUCUGUCGCUAGUUGUGUCAAAUCAGGUUUAUAAAAAACUAGCGUUUUUUUAAUUUUCAAACAGUAUAAGUUUAAAAUAUUUAAUUAUAUUAUGGAUACUGAAAUAGGUUCUAUUUCUGAAUUAGCUCUAGUUGAUAAAAUCGAUCCGUUACAAUUUGACAUUACUGUAGGCGCCUUGUUAAUAAGUGUUGGAGCUGAAAAAUAUAUUAAUAUUUUUAGGAAACAAAAUAUUGGCCAAUUAACGUUAACACAGCUGACAGAUGAAGAUCUUAUUAAACUAGGAGUAGACAACCCUGAAAUUAGGAAUAAAUUACUUGAAGAAGUUCAAAACUUGCCAAUAUAUGAAGAAAAUAGACUAUUGUAUAACAUCAGUUUAAAUUUAAGCCCUACAGAAAUAACUGAAAUUCUAGAGGAAAGUUCACAGCAUUUAUAUAGAAUAUACUUGAGUAUGUUGGCAAAUACACUAACUUUAAAGAAGUCAAAGAAAAUUCAAGACUGUUUAAUUUAUAAAGAUAAAUAUGCUUCAGAUAUUGCAUUAACCACUUUGAGUGAAAUUACAAAUAUUUUGAAUUCUAUGGAUAUAACAUUACAUACACAGUUAAAGGAAUUGACUAGAGAAUCAACUAACAUGAAGACUAAAAAAAUGUUUGUUGGUACUGUUGGCAGUGCAGUCAUAGCUAUAUUGGCAGUACUGUUUGUGCGGUCCUUGAAAGAUUUGAAAUAGAAAUAUGGUUCAGUGCUAUGUAAUAAUUCCUUAUUGUACAAUAUUGACAAAGAGUUGUGGUUUAAAUUACCUCUGAUUGUUUAAAUGUUUACAUAUCAAAACAAGAGAAUUUUUAAUUCUCUUAUGCUAAAUAUUGACCUAGUAAAUAAUUUGAAAAUAUUUAAAAAACCUGAAAUAAAUCAUUUAUUGAUAA